UCCGCUGCGUUCAUUUCAUUCCUGCUCCCAUUCCGCGCAUAUUUCGCAUCCUUGGAGAGACGCUGCGCAUUUUACGCACUCAGUGCGCCCGAUCCUUCCUCAAACCAAAACCGAGAGGAGACUCUGGAGUUGGCGGAGGGCUUCCCGCUGCUGUAGCGACUCCGAUCCGGUGAAAAGUGUGGGAAUUAAUCCAUAAAGAGGCGUAUGAAUCGAGAGCUCUGAGGUUGGAUUUUGGAGCGGCUCACUCACUUUUCUACAGUUCACUAGUCCUUAAAUUUUUAUUACUGGUAGUUACCAUUUGGAGCUACCGUCAGUUUCUAGUUGGCCACAGCUGGCCGUCGUUACUGGGAGUUAAUUAUUACCAUUAUAGUUCAUUUUAGCUUCAGUUUAUCACUAGACUUUUAAUUACUUUAUCAACUUGGCAUCAAGGCAUUUGCACUGAGUACACAUCAGCUAGUUAACGUUAGCUGCCAGUAUGGAGCGCAGUAGCUGGAGUGGCAGUGAGAGUCCAGGGGAGGACAUGGACAGACUGAGUGAUUCUGGAGGGGACAAGACCAUGGAUGGGGAUCCCGAGGGAGUUUGGAGCCCGGACAUCGAGCAGAGCUUCCAGGAGGCCCUGGCCAUCUAUCCGCCCUGUGGAAGGAGGAAGAUUAUACUGUCGGAUGAAGGGAAGAUGUACGGUCGAAACGAGCUGAUAGCCAGAUACAUCAAACUCCGAACGGGGAAGACGCGAACAAGGAAACAGGUAUCCAGUCACAUCCAAGUAUUGGCCCGAAGAAAAUCCAGGGAAUUUCAGUCCAAGCUAAAGGACCAGAAUGCCAAGGAGAAAGCUCUGCAGAGCAUCUCCUCCAUGUCCUCUGCUCAGAUCGUCUCAGCCACGGCCAUACACAGCAAGCUGCUGCCUGGGAUAGUCCGUGCCAGCUUCCCUGCUAAUGCACAGCUGUGGCAGGGGAUGAUUCCUGGAGGACAGUCCAGCUCCACCACAGAAGACAUCAAGCCUUUCUCUCAGCAAGCCUACUCUGUGCAGACAGCAGGGACCACCACGAUCUCAGGCUAUGAACCUCCCAGUGCAGCCCAAACGCACCGAGAGCCGGCAUGGCAGGGUCGCUCCAUCGGCACCACCAAACUACGACUGGUGGAGUUUUCAUCUUUCCUGGAGACACAGAGGGACCAGGAGGCAUACAACAAGCACCUUUUUGUGCACAUCAGCCAGAGCAGCCUGAGCUACAGCGAUCCGCUGCUGGAGUGUGUGGACAUCCGGCAAAUCUACGACAAGUUCCCCGAGAAGAAGGGAGGUCUGAAGGAGCUGUUUGAUAAGGGCCCACAAAACGCCUUCUACCUGAUCAAGUUCUGGGCGGACCUGAAUUAUAACGUGCAGGACGACCCCGCAGCCUUCUACGGUGUGACCAGCCAGUACGAGAGCUCGGAGAACAUGACAAUCACCUGCUCCACCAAGGUCUGCUCCUUUGGCAAGCAGGUGGUUGAGAAGGUUGAGACGGAGUACGCGAGGUUUGAAAACGGGCGUUUUGUCUACAGAAUCAGUCGUUCGCCGAUGUGCGAAUACAUGAUCAACUUCAUCCACAAGCUCAAACACCUGCCGGAGAAAUACAUGAUGAACAGCGUGCUGGAGAACUUCACUAUUUUGCUGGUGGUGAGCAACAGAGACACUCAGGAAACGUUGCUGUGUAUGGCGUGUGUGUUCGAGGUGUCCAACAACGAGCACGGAGCACAGCACCACAUCUAUCGACUCAUCAAGGAAUAACACACACACAUAUACACACUCACGUUGAAACACAUGUAUGGCCUUUGCUUGGUGUUUUGUUUUUUGUUUUUUCCUUUUUUGUGACAUCAGAGCUAAAAAUGUCUCUAAAAAUUAGUUUCAGCCAAACAAAUUCGUGAAAAAAAAGAAAAAGGCAGCAUUUUCACUGAAAAUAACUGGGGUAAAAAUAUUUUUUUUAAAUUAAUGCCAGAUAUAACACCGCAGAAACCUCCUCAACAGGAGCAUAUCCACACUAACUCCAAACCUGGUGAUCGGUAGCUCAUUAGCUAUAAUGAUAAUAAAAAAAAAGCACAGUGGCAGUGCAGCCAUAAAAACACAUCAGAAUCGACCUGGUGCAUUUCCGCAAGAACAUCCUGACUCUGAUAUCACCAGGGGAUGUCACGUCUCCACUAAUUGGUUCCUUCUUCUCUUUCUCCCAGUUUUUUUCUCUUUUCUGUCUUUUUUUUCCUCUUUCCUAUCUUGAUGAUGGAAAUGAAAAUGGUGUUUCUGUCAUGAGUUUUGGUGAAAGUCAACCCAGGGAGAAGAAAGAAAGAGAGGGGGGAGAUAAAAAAAAAAAACCCCAACAAAAAACAGAGAGAGAGUGAGAUCUCAUAAUUUCCUCCCCGUGUGUUAUCUGUCAGGAAACUGACAGGCGCUGAAGGUCAGACCCUGUGUAUCAUCAAUAAGCAGAAAAAGCUGGAGGAAAUAACACUACUGCAUUAUCAUAUAGUAGAAUAUAGAGGUGGAUUUGUACAGAUGGACACUGCAAAUUGUGUGAGCUGAAUUCUUAUACAAGAGGUUUGUCCCAAAGAAAAAGAAAUCAAAUUUUUACCUUUUUGUAUGUUUUCUUUACAAAAAAAAGAAAAGAAAAAAAUCUUCUAAACUUUGGGGAGUUGUUUAUUGAUAAUAGCAUAGAGAUUCUAUUUUAAUUCCACAAUCACUAUCUAAACCUUAUGUUAAUAAUAAGAAACUAUAAGUGAAAUUGAACAAUUCAGGUAGCUUUUUUUGUGCAACAGGUGACUCUUUAUUUUGCUUAAAAGACUAACAAAAUUAUAAUCCUCAAGAUUUCAGAAUCCUGUUUUGUGGGCUUUUAUUGUGAAGCAGCAGCUGUAGGAAAUGCCAGCUCUGUGGGAGAACGGCAAACGGUGAAACUGACGUCACUGAGACGUCAUUAGAAAUGCUAAAACUGGAUUCCUUAAACGGAUUCAACGUGGAAUUGCAGGCUUCAUCCCAAACCGUGACAGCUGUCACACAGAGGGGUGAUUAACGGAUAGAAAUGUGAUUACAAACUAUGAUCAACUAUUAAUAUGAGCUUGCAGAUCUUAAGGAUUAUAAUCUGAAGCAUACUCUGGUCUACUGAAAAGCACUGUGAAUUUUAAACCUUAUACAUUGCCAUUCAUGGUGUACACGUAGGGAAAAAAGUUUUACUGCUGUUUUUAUCGUGUAAAUUACUUUUGCAACUUAAAGGGGACCUAUUGUGUUCAUUUCCAAAUUUUCGUUCUUUUAGUCUCCUAGAGUAGCUUUGCAUACGUCACAGUUCAAAAUAAUCCUCCUUUAUCUUAUUUUGGUCCUUGAUGUAGCCCUUCAGUUCAUUCAAUGUCUGAGUCAGCCUCCCAUUAUUAAACCGAACUUCUUCUAAUUGGCCACUACCUGCAAACAGAAGGCUCAGCAGGUUGGCGGGGCUUUGAGGUUUUUUUUGUUUUUGUUGUUGUUUUUUUGCUAUCUGAAGCAGAAACCUGAGCUUUUGGUUCAGGGAUUACUUAUACAUACCCGGACAUAUUAUUUAAAAUGUUGGCCUAGUUUAUUCCAAGUGUCCACCAUUUUAACUUUAUAUAUGAUGGAAAACAAGGAAAAGUAUAAUAAGUCCCCUUUAAUGUUAUCUUAGGUAAGUGUGAUGACCAUGCCCAUACAAGGAAACCUGAAUAUUACAUCCAUAUUUAGAUGGGACAGCCCUGACCAGAAGCAUUCUCACCUCAGUGUCAGGGUUAUUUUAACUCUAGAUGACACAGUUCCCCUCAACCACUACAACACAGUUUUUUCUGGUUAUAUUAUAUUUAAAAAGUAAUUUAUGAAUUUUAAAAAACCAAAAACUCUCGAUGGAGUGUACUGUAGCAGGUGUCGUCUGGUGGUUUGUCUGUGUCAUGCCCAGCAGCAUGAAGUGCCUUUGGCUGGAAACAGCAUUAGACAUUUCUAUUGUGUUUCCCAAAAGUCCUGAUAAUUUGAUGUUGUAGGUGGUGCAUGGGACAAAAAAACAAAAACAUUUUAUUGUACAGGAACAUUUUGGUCCCACAUGCCCCUGUUUUCUGUGUCCUGGGAUCAGUUUAUCCAAAUUCCAUGUAACAGUGGUUCCUUAAUUUAAUUUGUGGACAGUCCUGAUUAAUUUUUUUUUUCUGAUGUCUUUGGGAUAAAUUCUUGUUCAUGUGGUAUCUAUUGGCAGUAUUUAUUCCAUGUAUUUGCAUUUGUUUAUUACAUGUGUGACGGAUUCAUGUAGAGAGAGCUUGUGCACUAGAUAUUACCUGGCGCCUCGUUCAUAAAAUGCAACUGUUUGGACUUGUCACUGUUUGGACGACCUGCUCUUACAAACCUGCUGUAGAAUCAUUUUGAUCAUCUGUUUUCUAUAGAAGCUGUUAAAAGUAGUGGAUGCCAUCAAUUAACUUUUACAACUUUAAUAUCUCUCUGUCCGAUACAGCUACAGCUAGCAGGUUAGCUUAGCUUAGCAUAGCAAUGAAAGCAAGUGGAAACAGCGCUCAUAAUCUCUUCUAAAGCUAGCAAAUUCAGAUAUUGUGUUUGUUUGGUAUGUUUUUUU